UCGUACCUCCUCGACCCACCAUCCGAACUCAAACAGCGAGGUCUACACCCCGCGUUUCACGCACACUUACUUCGAUUCCACGUGCCCAAUGACAACCGACGAUUCCCUGGGAGACAGCUCAGCCAAAUAUCUGAUAUUGGUUGUCUUGAGGAAUGGUCUGUCUCUCAUUUAACUGAUCACAACGGACAAGGUACUGACUCUCUCUUUGAGGUUGAAUAUUCAACCGGGGAUCGAGUCUGGCUUCCUUACCACGAAGUGUCGAGACUCAAGGCCUUAGUACAGUACCUGGAGGCAUUGGGCGUCCCCGGUAUCAAGCAUCUU